AUGAGCUUGGCCGCGGUAGCUGAUAGAGGGGCUCUUUUGUCUCAGCAGAGAGACUACAAUCAUGCCACAGACUCCGAGUACAAGCGUCUCAGACAGCUUGCGGACGGCGCAUACACUAAACGACAACAGCUCUCUCAACAGUCCCAGAAAGCUUUCAAAAACGGCGAUAAGGGUCAGGCGCAUACCCUGAGCGAAAAAGCAAAAGAGCAACUGAGCGUGGCUGAGAAGUACAAUAUGCAAGCCGCAGAAUAUGUUUUCACGCAGAACAACGCUGAUAGCGACAGCAACGAGAUCGAUCUGCACGGCCUGUACACUAAGGAAGCGCAGUGGAUAUUGCAAAAAAGAAUUGCAGUCGGUGUGUCUAAUCAUGAGUCGUCUUUAGAGGUUAUUGUAGGGAAGGGAUUACACUCCGCCAAUGGUAUCGCCAAAAUAAAACCCGCCGUAGAGGAACUAUGCCAGCAAGUUCAUUUACGGAAUUACGUGGACCCAAAAAAUGCGGGGGUUCUAGUUAUUGAAUUGCAGAAUGCUCAGGUACCCAGCUCGUGGGCAACUAUGGACUACUCAACUUUUGCCCACAAUGGCCCUUCCAAACCCGCACAGGCAUAUCAGCCACACGGUGUAUCCCAACAACAGCCUCAUAAUAAUUAUGCCCAACAGCAACAGCCUCAAUACAAGCCUCAACAGUACCAACAACAUCAACAGCAACAUUACAACCAGAGCCAAGGACAGAAUAACAAUGCCAACAAUAGUAGCCAAAACAACGAUAUCAUCAACAUGGCUAUGAAACUGUUGUGUAUGUGCGUUCGUAAAAACCUUUGA